AUGAGCGCGGAGGCUGGCGUGACGUGGAGCAAGGAGGAGGUGAUCAAGGCCUUCGAGGACGCGGGCAACCUCAAGUUCCUGGAGCACAUCAACCUGUCCAACACGGCCAAGUGCUCGGAGGACGCGCCCGCGUACAUCUUCUACAUGCGCGGCCUGCAGUGCUCGCGCGACCCGCGACUGGCCUACCACUUCUGGGCCAACUUCGCCGGCCGCCACCAGUUCCACCUGUUCACGGGCCAGCCUAAGGACGAGUGCAUCAACGCCGCCAUCUACCUGUACGUGCCCGACCUGGACGACAUCGAGAAGAGCCUCGCGGCCGUGGCCGACGAGCUCAAGGGCACCAAGUUCGCCUUCGAGCGCAUCAACCGCGGCGCCGAGACCACGCGCGAGUACCCGCAGGAGAAGUGGCACGAGAUGUUCGACACGACCAAGUACGACCACCUCAAGGUGAACGACCCGUACGGCAACGAGCUGCGUCUGAACGUGACGCCGCGCAACUACGAGUCCAUCAACAAGUCGCUAGGCAAGACGCUGCCCGUGACCAACGACGUGGAGGGUGUGGCUCAGGGCUUCCCCUUCCUGGUGUACCCGUGCCGUCCGGGCAUCGCUCAGGGCAUCUCCCGCUUCUUUGAGCACUACCUGGAGGCCAAGACCGUGGUGACGAAGAAGGAGGGCAACGAGGAGGGUCUCUACCGCACGACUGUGUUCUGCGGCCCGCUACAGGCUAUUGUCUUCGACGAACAGGAGUCCCAGCGCGACAGCAAGGGCGAGUACGACGGCCACCACGUGUGCAUCCACAUCGACCGCUUCAAGGAGUGCUACGACAAGGCCUUCAACGACCAGAUGAACUGGAACAACGUGCUGUUCUUCGACCGCUGCGACACGUGGUUCGAGGCCAACCGCGACCAGCAGUACCGCAUCCUGCACCUGGUGGAUCCCGUGGACAAGAAGUUCCUCAUGUCGUUCGAGAUGGAGAUCCGCACGGCGCAGCACUUCCGCUACCUGAUCCACCGCAGCGAUGUGACCCCCGAGGAGGAGGAGGCCAACGAGGUCCUCCGCAAGAAGAACCUGUAG